AUGGCCUGCAGUGCACGGUUGGGCCCGCGAGUAGAGGACAACGAGGCGGCCACGCUCGUGAUCCGCAACGGGGCAUCCGCCUUGUCGACUGCACUGGAGUUUCUGGCUUUGCCUCUCCUUAACAGAGUGCUUCUCCGAGAUGAGAAUGCAGCUGCAUGCUUGCUUCGCGAGCAGGAGGAUCUCAGCUACGACUCCCAGUACUGGGAUGCGCGCCGCGGCCGGCUGGAGAUGUUUGUCGGCAGUGCGGAAGGAAAGGACUUCAUGGCAGCCGGCUGCUUGCAAAUGCCCAUCCCGUUGAUGCUACAAGCUUUGUACAUCCUCUUGCAGUUUGAGUGCGAGAAUACUCUGAGCAGUCAUGGGGAGUUUGAGGAGCUCUUGUCACCGGAUGACUCGCCGUUCCUGGAGCACCAGUUUCUCUCAGGUGUGAGCUUGUCACGUGGGUGGCAGCCACGUUUCCUGCUCGCCGGGGCCACAGCAGAGCAUUGCCCAGCAUUUCAGGUGGCUAUGCUCGCACGGGAUGAGGAGGCCCUCCUGAAGAAGCACUUGCCAGCUUGGAAGCAGGUGGGUGAUAGCUUUCUCCUUGGCUUGGACUCCCGCACACAGGACGACUCUGCAGCGGUAGCUUUGUCGCUGUUGGCACCGAAGCCGCUUGAGGUCUAUCACUUCGAUUUCGACGGCUUCGGGAGCGCCAAGAGCAAGUUGCUUCAGGAGUCACACGUGAAGUUUCCGGACAUGGCCUAUGUGCUGGUCGUGGAGCCCGACAUGAUCCCGAAGGGAGCACCCUUCUCGCGCGAGCCGCUGAGGAGCCAGGAGCCGGUCUACGCGCUCCGGCGCGGAGGCAAAGAAUCGCUAGGGGAGCGACUCACGGAUUGCGUCUUCCGCAAUGAUGGUAACUGGUACUUUCGAUUCCGGGUUCAUGAGACCCCGGUGUACCGCAACGCUGGAGAACGUGGCCUCCCGGACGAGAUCAAGGAUACCGGCUGGUCUGUGCUGGAGAUCGAAGGUAGCUCUCGCGACAGGGCCUCGCGCCAGGAGCGAAUACGAGAAGAGCUGAGAUUGGUACGACUGGAUCUUAAAGAUCAUCCCGGGCAUCCUCGCCUGAUGUACUAUCUGGGCGUGUUGCAAUAUGACCUUGCCAUGGAGCUGAGCAGUAGAGGCUCUUCCAGCGAGGUUCGGCAGCUGGCAGCCGAGGCCCAGAAGACCCUCGCACGGCGCGCCCGCGACAGCGGGACGGCAGGGAGCCAGGAGGGACGGCAGCAGCGGUCUGCCGCAGCUUACUUUUGCGCUCGCACCUACCUCGACCUGUUCAGCGACGAGAAGAAAGGGGAGAAGUGGCUGAAGCGAACCAUUAGCUUGGAGGCAGACUUCCUGUAUGCGCGGGUGGCUUUGAUCCAGCUGCUCUUUCGCCAGCAGCGCCAUCUCGAAGCGUACAACGAGGCGGUGGCCAGCGAGUCCCUGGAUCCUCCGAAGUUGCGGCUCUUCAUGGACAGCGGCCCUUUGCAUGCGUGUGAUCUGCCGCUGCUCCUAAGCAAAGCCAUCUACUACAUGUACGCCGAUGCAGCCCUCAGACCUCGGCUCUUGAACGAUCGCGCGUGGCCCCGGCGGGAGAUUCUCCUGGAGACCUGCGCAGCGCGAUGUCCCGGCGUAGCGGGUGACUCGCUUGCGAGGAAGAUGCAAGACAUCACCAAGCUGAAGGAAUUUUGGUCUUCAGAGCUCCGUGACGAACUCUGA